CAGUCUAAGAGUGGGAAGAGAAUAGAUGGAGAAGCUGAGGCAGAGAGAAGAUGUUAUUGGUCCAAGAUCACUUAGCAGUCAACUGGUUGAGCUAGGAUUGGAACCCACGUCAUCUGAUUCCUAGGCCCCUGCUCUUUCCACUGGGCUAUGCUGGAAUCAAAGCAGUGAGCACAAUGCUGUGACACAGUAAAUGGUUAAUAAAUACCACUGACAGACAGAGGAAGAACUGUAACAGAAAUUUGCAGAUGCUGCUCCUGCUGCUGAUGAGACUGCAUCCAAGAGGUUGUCUUUGGAGUUCAGAGAUGCUGUUGGUGUGCCAGUAGGAAUGACUAGCUGAACAGAGGAAAGAAUGGUUAAUGAUCCUCUCCACAUGGGGACUACACCCCAUUGCUGUGAACCAGACCAUUCCAAAGAAGAAGAAGGUUUUGAGAGAGGAGAAAACAAUGAAAGGUCAAAAUUCAUGGACUGAAAGGAAGGUUUUCAGCCAGCACCCCAGUAAGAGCCCUGGUGAAGUGGAAGAGCUCAGUGGAAGAAGUGAGAUCAGAAAGCUAUAUGUAACUCAAAUUGCAGUAGCGUUUCCAUUGUCCCAUGAGCUCCUUGCUCAAUGGAAAGCACCUUUGCCAUUUCAGAGAUUCAAGGCCUAAGCAGCACUGCCUGAAGUUACACGUGGUGAAGAAGCAGCUGUGUUCAGCCACGCCACUGCCUUUUUGAGGGAUGAGAGCCACCAUUCCACACCCUCACCUCUACAAACUGCUUCCCUAUCUCGACGAAGCUCUGGGGAAGAGCUGAGGAGCUCUGAUUUCUACAAAUAGGUUGUUGGUAAAGGCUUCAGACCAUCACGUGCUUUCAUCCCUGUCCAGAAAGACGACCAAUUUUGUAAGCUGAACAUUGAUCCCGUGCAAGUUGAAGACCAGACUACUGCUUGAAUGAGAGGAAGGGGUGCAGAAGGCCAUUGAGCCACAAGACAAGAAGCUGAAGUCAAAAGGGAAUGAAGCACUUGCCGGUUGACUGGUCUCUACUGUCCUCUCCCAAGCACAUAGUACAGUGCUCUGCACACAGGAGCCAGGUGAGAGAAGACAGCUUGUAGGAAGACUUAAUGGACAGUGCCGGAGGACAUUGAACCAAGUCUCAUAAACAGAAAAUGUGAAACCGGCAACAUAGCAUUUGCUUUUGAAGUCGUUGGUCAUCGUUUCUUCGGACAUUACACCACAAGUCCUCUUGCAAGCAACAGGAGGCAACUGUUCCAGUGAUUCGAGCAGAUGGGAGAGGUGCCAUUCUUGUGAAGCAGGGCUUCAACUAUGUCGGCCUUGGUCACCAGGGAGACAAUUGCAGCGGCAGACCAACCGGGGUGUAGCAAUCACAGGGAAGAGGAAAGGAAUGUCUUUCGGCAAAGGACUUCUCAACCAGAACCACCCAAGCAGCGAGGCCAGAUUCCCGCCAAAGGGAUUGGGCCAUAUCCAGCCAUUUCUCCUGGGAACAGAACGGAGGCUGUUCAGCUCCUGCAGAAGCCCAGAGGCUCAGCGACGCUUUCCACGGCAUUCUCCCUGGGGAAGUCAUUGAGAGUGUGGAAGCUGUAGGGGAAGAUGUUGGACGUGGCGACUGAGGGGGAACAGAACACCACAGGGCUCCUGUCCCUGCCUCAGCAGCCUUGACCAGCCCACGAGGACAGUGUCUCCUGCUUGUCUUCUCUGCAGUGCUUGCUUCUGCGUGGGAGGUCCCCUCUUCUUGCAGCCCUGCUCUUCUGAGAGCCGGAGAGGAAGGACCCCCGGAUGGUGCCCAGACACUUCAGAACCCUCCCCCGAUCCCAAGCGAUACUCGGCCAAGUGGGACGACAGCCGCAUGGCUGUGCGGAGGAAGAAGGGGUUGGGAUGAGUUCUCUUGGCAGCAACCCUGGAGGGCAGGACUCAGAUGACAGAUCAGGCAUGGCCUGCGAAGUGGCCGGGUAGGGAAACCGAAGAGAAAGCAACGAGCCUUGUAGAAGGUGCGAGGAAAUGCAGCCGAUAUAGGAAGCUGGCGUGUCCCUCCUUCACGUCUGUGCCGUUCUGUCCGGCUACCGGACUGCUAUAACCGGCCACCAAUCCCUCCCCUUGAGCAUCAACAAUGCCCUCUGCCCUACAUCCUGCAGAAGACACCACAAUCUGCCCUCCCUCCCGUCAUCCGGUGGAAUGGGCUCUUCUCCCGGCAGGCUGGGACCCAGCUGGGCGUCUCCGUGGCUGCUGACCCCUGUUAGCCUGCUCUCCUCUUCCUUUCACCGCCCAGACCAUCUGGUCCUCACCUGACUCGCACCUGGGUUGCGUUUCCAGUGGACACCCGGCCUGACGGGUUGGGUUGUGGGGGCACAGUGCGACAAGCGUUGACGAAUGGGUACCAAAAGUCACAAAGGUUUAAAAGUUGAUCGUCAACAGAUUCCCCGACAAUUACCCCGUGUGCCUCUUUUGCAUCCAUUUUUUUCUGGUGCCAAGAAUGAUAAAUUGCAUUAAGGACCACAUCAUUUUUUUUUUUUCCUAUUCGGUCCGCCAAGUCAGUUGGCGUCCAGAUGGUGACAUUUCCAUUCGUUCUACUUCUCAUUCUUCCUAGGAAUUGAAUAUUUGAGGAAAAGCCCCACCGAUGUCGGUGGGUCCGGGGCUUGGCUAUUUAUCGUGAUAAAGCAGAAUCUCAAAAAUGCCCCCGUGGCCACGCUCGAACGGCAUCAGUGAACGGUCAUCCUUCGGAGGGGAAUUUCGGGCAGAAGGCUUCUCUAAGCGGCCUGGCCCAGACUGGGCCCUGGAGAGGAAGAUGCAGAAGCCCGGCCGUUCUCCAGUUGGCUACAAACACGCCGGGCUGGGGCCGUUCUGCUUACGGGCUGUGCCAACUGGGAUUCUAGGGUGGCGUUUGCCAAGACUGGGAUCUCAUGGGGACUCCUGGGACUGCACCGGCCUUCUGCCCAGCUCCUCCCGCCGGCUGCUUCCCCGAGGAUGUCAGUCCCGGCACAAUGGCCCGAUCCUCUCCCUUCCCCCUCCCCCCCACCACCUCCCCUCCACGGAUCGUUCCUGUCAGAGUCCGUGGCGGAUGAGGGUAGGGGAAUCAGGCUGGAGCCUAAAAUAGCAACCGCACCGCGGAGCUGCCAGGAAAUUCCGAUUUCCGAGUCUGUGAGCCAAUGGACGUAACUUCUGGAAGGAAAAGGCCAAGUGGUUGGGAACAGGGGACGACACCGGUGAAUGUGGCUUUUCUGAUGCCUUUAAAUUAAGAGUUGAUUGGACAGCAGCUCAGGGGUAGGGGGAAAGGGGCACAAGGAGUGAGGGCUCUUCAGGAAAAGAUAUUAUUGUUCCCCUCCCCCACCAAUUUCCCAGCUCAAGAUACAAAGGAUGAGAAGGAGACGAAGCAACUCAAAGCAAUAGUGACUUCUGCUGCCCUGAACAUCGGAGAACCUAGAGGACAGCAGGAAGGGGAGUCUUCAAGUAUGCCGUACAAGGAACAGCGGAACAGGACGGCCCUGGAUGAAAGAUUUUAGACUCGCCACGCCCCCACCGGAUGGGAAAAAGGCGUCAGAGGAACACACGAGUACGGUGGACCGAUUCCCAGGGAUGAGGAACUGAGGCCCAGAGAGAUUAAGUCAUUUGUCCAAGAUCCCAGUCAGCCAGUGAUAGAGCUAAGACUAGAACCCAGGUCUCCUGACUCCUUGAGAUUGCUCACGAUACUGGUAAUUCCUACUUAAACUUGUACCGACUUGUUUCUGGAGUGACAGUGACUAACGAGAGACUUUUCUUCAUUUUGGGGGGGAAAAAAACACCACUACAAAACACCCGCUCACCUCUCCAAAUACCGCCAGCCUGCAGUUCAUCAUUUACCUUGCCAUGACAACCUCUCGCAAGAAGUCUGCACACUGAUCCUCACAGGAGAUUCCAAGACCCUGAAAAUGGAGGCCAUCCACAUCAAUAUGUCCAGUGCCCCUCUGGUGAAUCACGCCUCGAGCGUCGAACUCAAGAACAGUAAGCCGCGCGUCAUGUCGAAGAGCGGCCACAGCAAUGUGAGGAUCGACAAAGUGGAUGGCAUAUACCUACUUUACCUCCAGGACCUGUGGACCACCGUCAUAGACAUGAAGUGGCGGUACAAGCUCACUCUGUUUGCUGCCACUUUUGUCAUGACUUGGUUCCUCUUUGGAGUCAUCUACUACGCCAUCGCCUUCAUUCAUGGGGACCUGGAGCUGAGCGGUGUUGCCAAAGACCACGUCCCCUGCAUCAUGAACGUGGACUCCCUCACCGGGGCCUUCCUCUUCUCCCUGGAGUCCCAGACCACCAUCGGGUACGGUGUCCGCUCCAUCACGGAGAAGUGCCCCCACGCCAUCUUCCUCCUGGUGGCCCAACUGGUCAUCACCACCCUGAUCGAGAUCUUCAUCACGGGCACCUUCCUGGCCAAGAUCGCACGGCCCAAGAAGCGGGCCGAGACCAUCAAGUUCAGCCACUGCGCGGUCAUCACCAAGCAGAACGGGAAGCUGUGCCUGGUCAUUCAGGUGGCCAACAUGAGGAAGAGCCUGCUGAUCCAGUGCCAGCUCUCGGGCAAGCUGCUCCAGACCCACCUCACCAAAGAGGGGGAGCGGAUCCUGCUCAACCAGGCCAGCGUCAAGUUCCACGUGGACUCCUCUUCCGAGAGCCCUUUCCUCAUCCUCCCCAUGACCUUCUACCACGUGCUCGAUGAGACCAGCCCGCUCAAAGACCUCACCCCGCAAAACCUCAAGGAGAAGGAGUUCGAGCUGGUGGUCCUCCUCAACGCCACCGUCGAGUCCACCAGCGCCGUCUGUCAGAGCCGAACUUCUUAUAUCCCGGAAGAGAUCCACUGGGGCUUCGAGUUCGUCCCCGUGGUCUCGCUCUCGAAAAAUGGGAAGUACGUGGCCGACUUCAGCCAGUUUGAACAGAUCAGGAGGAGCCCGGACUGCACCUUUUAUUGUGCGGACUUAGAGAAGCAAAAGCUUGAAGAGAAAUACAGGCAGGAGGACCAGAGAGAGCGAGAGCUCAGGACGAUCUUGUUACAGCAGAGCAAUGUCUGAUGAUAUUCACCACUGCCUGCCUGGACUGAAUGGCAAUGCUCCGGAUUCGCCAAGGAGCAGAGAUCUGGGCAAAGAUUUGGAUCUUAGGCAGCUCUGAGUACGUGGUGGUCAAACCUCAUUUGUGCCUGAUGACCCACAUAGGGGAUGCUAAGAACAGAUGGGUUCUUCUACCUUGAGUCAGCUACCCCUACCUCAUGCUUUGGGGUGCAAAACCGGGGAUCAUUCUGAAAGAAAAAUCCAACUGCCUACCCUGUCAGGUUGCCUGAAAGAAGAACAGAACGCUUUUCACAGACUCGUUUAUUCAUGUAGUACAUCUCAGCUGCCAUCCAUGAAAUCCAUUUCAUGGAGAGCACACCCUAUGUCUUUUCGAGAUUUGGUAUCUAAUUAAGCAUUUUUCAUUCCAAGAAGUUUUCUGGUGUGUAUUGUUGACCUAGCGCAGGUGGAUUUUUUUUUUUUUUUUAACAGGUUUGUCAUCUUAGGUCAGUUAUUUCAAAGCCUCGAAUGUUCUGAUAUGGCUGAAUGAAUGCUGAAGAACUCUGUAUUGCCGCUAAAAGCUUAUCUCAGUAACUGCUGGAUCUACAGAGAUUAGCAAAUCUGGUGCCCAAAGAAAAUGGGUUCCUAGAGGGGAUCAGCUUUUAUUUGCAGUAGCUCAGUGGCCUUCAAGGUUUGGGAAAUAUUAGCUCUUGGGUGGGAUAAGAGGUGGGUCAGGUUUUAGGGAAAAUGACUAUGGUCAUUAAAAAAACCUCAUCCUCUAUUUUUGAAGUAGGAAAAAUGGCUUACAUCAGGAAUCCAUGCCCUGCACCGAUCCAGUCAGGGUCCCUGCUCAAUUAAAAGCCAUUAGUUUCUUAAAAAAUCAUUUAAUUUUUACCACUAGUGAAGGGGCUGUGAAGCACCAUAUAUCCAGAGUGGGAGCUGGGGGCAAUUAAAGUAGAACCAAAACAGUAAUUAACUCUAGAUGCAGUCUAUUUUAGCAAAACCAUCACUUCUCUCCCUCCUCGAAGGUGUUCAAAAUGGGUUUUUCAAGAUAAUUUGAUGAGCUCUGGGCCACAUUAAAGAAUGAUUAUGGGAAGGCUUUAUUGGUUCUAUAGGUUUUCUAAUAGUCAAAAUGGGCCAAUAGUCCAGGGGACCAUUUCACGUUCAGUUUAUUAUGACCCACUGUCCAUAGAGGAACUUCAUUUGAAAUAGUUCCUCUUUCCAGGGUCCAGGGAGACAAGCAGAGCCCUCUAUGAGGCCGCUCAACAUGCGACUUACUAGUUCUGCUCUGCCCGUGAGAAUGAACUGUGCCUGGUUAUGUCAUGGUUGCCAAUGUGGGAGAGGAUAAGAGGGGCAUCAGCUGGGGCAGGAAAAUAAGACUGUGUCCAGAGGGAUGUGUAGUCCCCUCAGUCAUUCAAAGGUCAUUCAAAGGUAUUUUUUGGUGAGGGGGCCAGGAUAGGUGAGCUCCCUGACUUCUCCCCUCACUUAACCUGGUACUUAGGUAACUGCAACCUAUGGCCUUUACCCAGCUCCUCUAAUACACUGCCUCGGUGUCAUCAGUUGUCAUCACUCAGUCCUAUUUAUUGAAUGCUUACUAUGUGCAAUGCCCUAUAGUAAGUGCUUGGGAGAGUACAACGUAAUAGGGUUGGUGGUCAUGUUCUCUGCCCACAGGGAGUUUUCAAUAUAGAGGAGGACUGUAAAAGAACAAGAUGCCCUCACCACAAAUCCCUGAUGGGAUGGGUGAAGAGAGCUCGCCAUAAAAAUCCAUGUCACUGCAGCAGCAGGAAAAGAAAGAUAGAGGAACUGGCUACACCAAGCCGAUGUGAGUUAGAGGAUGAAAGGAACCAGUGUAAUCUGUCAGGCCUAGGAUUAGUUCUCAAAUACCAGCAGAAGAGUCAGAGGCAAGGGGCAGGAGAGGGAAGAAAAGAUGGAAAGAGGAGAAUGGUUUGCAACGGGCAAACUCUGGACUCCCAAAUUUCAGGAGCAAAAGUACACAAAUUUUCCUCACCGUACUUUAUGCAAAACUCAAGACUCACCUGCAUAUCGCAUCUGCAGGCACAUAUCAGGGGCCUGGGGUUAUCGGAAGUGGACUCUCAAUCAUGCCAAGGCCCCGGCUGGGUAUUCCCAGAUCAGAGCUGAAGCUAUUGGCUUCUUUCCGAAGAUAAAGGCUUGAUUAGCUACUGUCGGGAAAGCUCAAGGUCACUGGAACAAUUGGCAGGUCAGAACCCUGAGGCCAAUACUACCAUGGCUGGACUCUGUAAACCGUCACGGUUGGUCUCCACUUGAGACAGCGGCCACAGCCGCUCUGAGCAGAGCGGGGGAGAAAAUGUAGUUCAGGCUGCCGCCCUGCACUUGACCUUGUCUGCUAUGGGUCCGAGGACGCAGAGGAGGAAAAGGCUCCAAGGUUUCAAGCAAGGAACAAGCGGAGGGAGGAGUUCUGAAUUCCAACUGAAGGCCUUCGUCUCCUGCCGACCCCUAUUUCUCGGUUUGACCACUUCAAGUGCCGCCUCUGUUAAUCCCUCCCUCACGAGGGGCUGCGCUGGGUAUCCGGCACCUUGUAGUGCAGACACAGGAUCCUCCAGCAUUUUAUCUCCAAGGAGGCAAAACCACCCUUCAGGCCAAGCGGUGGGAAUGAGACGGGGAGAGAAGCGUUUUCUUGCAUUAUCAAGAUCCCUUUGGCCAUGGUCACCGGAGCCUGGCAGGACUUUUGGCAAGGUGCCCUGAUAUCUGCAAGCUUAGCGGUCAAGGGAUGCAUUCAUUUCAUUUCCUGAGGCUUUGACCUAAGGAUUCCUGCAGAAUGGUGACACCCAACGACAAACCAAACCCAAUAGCCCACAACUUUAGAGAGCGCCGAAUGCCUUAAAUCCAGUGCCUGUGUAGCUGUAACCUUCCCACCUCUUUCCCAGCCCGGUUCCAGCCGGGCCGGAUGUCUGAAAACACCAUGGGGAAUAAAAGCCUGGCAAGUUUCGGGCACACGGAUGGUGAAUAUACUAAAUGGCACCUGAACCGAUGUUGGAGGAAGACAGCUGCGUGCCUAGGCACCCUCUCUCCCCAUGAAUGGAGCUUUGCUGCUUGACCUGAAAGAAAGGGCUCUUGUGUUUGGAAAUCUUUCCAGUGCAUUAGGCUCUCUUUAUGGAGACCAUUCAAAAAUGUUGUGUUCCAUUUGAGAAACCACAAAGUAAAUAGCAGCAAAUCAAUGUAAUCUGCAAGCAGUGUCUGAUUUCAGUAAUAAAAUCUACUUCCACGGA